AAGGAGGCGGGAGCGGCGCCGCCAGCGCUUCGUGCGGGGCGGACUCGGGCGGUUGAGGCUGCGGCGCGCUGGAGAUGGCACAGCAACUGAGCGUGAAACUUCUGACGGGCGAGAUUCACUCUGUGGAUUCCUCAGCCUGCAGAACCGUCUGGGAUUUCAAAAUCCAAGUAGGGCGCAAGACUGGGGUGCCGCCCUAUCAGCAGAAGCUGGCUUGCCAGAACAGCACCCACCUUAACCUCCAGGAUAGCUCCGCGCUCUCCCAAUAUGGGCUGCAGACAGGAGACACCCUCCUGCUCAUGGUGAAGAAUGAGGAGUCCAUCUGCAUUUUCCUGAGAAACCCCAACGGCAGGACCAGCACCUACCAAGUCCUGCCUUCUGAUACGGUGUCACAAUUCCGGGCCCGAAUUCGAGGGCAGGAGAGAGUCGAAGAUAACCAGUUCUGGCUUACCUACGAAGGACAAACGUUGGAUGAUCACCACAAACUCUCCUAUUACAACAUUGUCCCGAAUGGCAUCGUUUCUAUGAAUCUGCGCUUACGGGGUGGGGCGCUGAAGCUUGGUGGAUGGUCGCCCCUGGAGUCCUCAGUGGUCCUUCACGACUGCUCGCUCUGGUCCUCUGCUCCCCAUCUAAUCUGUGCCACUGCCAAGCAGCCUCCCUUGCUUUAGGGCUCAGUUCCUGGUGACUGUAGAGAAGUGUUCCCUACCUUGACCUGAUCUGGGUAAUCACUGGCAACCCUUACAGCUUUUGUCCCUUCCCCCUGUCCAUUGACCUUUGCUUUGCUCAACCACGCCAAGCAUUAACUUCAAAAUAUAUGAGCCUGCUUUAAGUUGCUUCAAGAAUUCUCUAAUGUCAAUAUCUGGUGGGAACAAAUUUGCUUGUCUCCCACCCCCCCAGCCCAGUUUUUUUGUGUGUUAGCCCGAGGGCAAGGAGUGCCCCUGUUCUUGCCUCCUGUACCUCGAUUGAGAGUUUUCUCCAUCUUUACUGUAGAAGAAAAGAAUUGUACUAUGUAGUCAUUCUUAGCUCUGCAUUUACAGUGACGCAGCUGCAAAAUGCAAUUUGACAAAUAAAACAUUAAAUGUUCAAAUAA